AUUAUUAUUAUUAUGUAAUUUCCAAUGCCCGUGAUUGGAAAUGUUAUAUGAAAACCUAAUGAAGUCCCAUAAAGUCACAAUAUGAACUAUGAAGUUCAACUAAGUCCAUGUAGUUUGAUGAAGUCUGGUGAUAUUCAAUGAAGUUUAAUGAAUUCUGUUUAAAUGGAUUGAAGUUACUAAAGUCAUAUGCAAUCAUCAUUUAACUUUAACAUUUAAUUUUUAGUACAAACAAAUGUAUAAAUUUAAUGAUUAUUUUUGUUGUACAUUCUUUUGAAACGGAGUUGUUUAAAGUAAAGUAUACACCUCUGGAUUAAUGCUCGUCUUAGUCUUGGACUGAUUGCAUACCUCACUUCUUACAGUUUGUUAGUGACUGAAAAUGAGUCAAAACUUUUCUGUUCACGACCUACCCAUGUAGGUACCGUUUUAUCUACUUUAUCUCACAUAAUAACAUUUAUUUUGCGAAUUAAAACUCGGUAUAAACAAUAAAAUAAACCAACACCAUUUGAAUUUUGAAACUUAACUCUUUAAGCUUGACGUUAUCUUUAGUUGACGCCAGGAUUUAUAGUAUUUCAUCUGACUUUUUUUGUUAAUUAAAAGACUUAAUUAUAUCGGAUUUAUGCUUUAAAUAUUAAGCAUGUUUAAAGUUGAGUGCUUAAUAAUAGAAUUGGGUAUAUGACGCUUUUCUGAAAACUAAUUAAUUAAAAUAGUUGUUUGAUACAUUAUAAACACACUGUCAAUAUAUUACAUGAGAAUCUGUUCUAUUUUCGAUGAAUAUAAUUUUAAAAUCUACAGAUUAUAAGAAAUAAACUUUUAUUAGAUUAUUAUCUAACAUGAUGAUAAUAAUACGCAACUUAUUUUUAUAGUGUCAAAUACCCAUAAUGAUAAAAAUAUUAAUUAUAAAUUCGCGUUUCGGGUAUUUUCCCUUGUAGCUUAACACUUAGGUAUGCACUUUCUUAAUGUAGCUAAUAUUCGGUUGUUUCGUCCUUAUUUUAAAACGAUCGAAUACAAAUGUAAUACAUUCAUUAUAUAGUGAUAAAAAAAUGAAUAAUCAUUAAUCGUCUCCCGUUUAACUAAUAAUUUCAUUUAUUUUAUUCUGGUAACACUAAUGACAGCUGUUUGGUUCGGCUACGAUUACGUUUCAAUUUAGUAAACGUUCGUUUGAUAAUUGACGUUAGCAGAAUGCAAAUUUACAGCAAAAAUCGAAACGUAACCGUUACAGAAACGCUAUUGACGAUCGAUCGUUGUAAAUUAGUAGAAUUGGCCCCCUGGUUAAACCGCCCCUGAUCAUAAGCCGCUACUAUAUUAUACAGAAUGUGAUAAAUAUAUAGUAGACUAGAUUUAUUAUCACACCAAGACCCGAUACGAAUUAAGGUGACUGUGCCAAUUAAAACUUGUGCAAUUUAAUUGUAAUAAGGCCCAAAAGUUUGAACAGAAACAAAACGAUAAUAAUAAUAAUCGAAUUCGGUUUUAUUUUUCGGAUGUCUAACUAGAUAUGGAAGUUACUAGAUAUCAUUGUUUCAUAGUAAUAGGAAUAGUAGUAUUGGGCCUUACUAUGCGAAUCUUAACUGCCGCAGGUAUUUCCCUUAGAAAAGUUCUUUAAAUUGACUCAAAUAAAAAUCUUAUCCGAGAUCUCAAAAAUAAUGUCUUUAAAAUCAGUAUGUUACUGCUAAAAAUAGAGACCUUAAGAGUAAAUUAUUAUUAUGUUAUGUUACAGAUCGGUGUCAACAUGGGACGUCGAUAAUAAAGAAAUGUUGAUUCACCAAUUGGACGACCCCACAUUAGAGCACUUCUCAUACUACGAUAUUCUUAAAGCGUUCAGUAUCCAAGCUGAUUACUGGUUGAAUUACCACGACCGGUUCCCGGACGGACACAUCAUUGUAAUCGACAUAAAAGACUACACACUCAAAAUCAUACCGAAGUGCAACGUUAUGUUCUUCAGAGAUUUCUUAAUGUUUUUGCUAGAGGGCAUGCCUGUUCGUGUGAAGCAAGUACAUCUGGUCAACUGUCCAAGUUACGUGGACAAGCUAUUCGCCCUUGUCAAGCCGGUGCUACCUACAGAAAUCUGCAACAUUAUUAAGUUCCACGAAAACUCUGCAGGACUCUUGAAAGCAAUAGGCAAGCAGUAUCUUCCCACGGAGUAUGGGGGUGAUGCUGGCAGUAUGAAGGAACAGCACAUGCAGUGGGUCGAAAAAUUAGAAGAAAUGAGAAAAUCAUUCCAAAAUGACAACUUAUGGAAAUCAGAUCUUAAGAAGAAACCAAAAAGCGGAACAGUGGAAAUGAGCGGUUCAUUUAAAACUCUGUGUAUAGAUUAAUAAAAAUAUUUACUUUGAUUAAAAUUUGAUUUAAGUUUU